AGUGUAAAACGGGUUGUUUUCCUUUGGAUAGCAUUACAUUUCUCGAUAAAAUAAAUAAAAUAAUUCAAGGAUUUAAAGCUUUAAAAUGACCAGGCACGCCAGAAAUUGUACUGCGGGAGCCGUUUACACCUACAAUGAGAAGAAAAAAGAUGCUGCCGAAUCGGGUUACGGCACAAACGCUCAACGCUUAGGCAAGGAUUCAGUAAAAUCAUUUGAUUGCUGUUCCCUAUCCCUACAGCCCUGCCGAAAUCCCGUAAUUACCAAGGAUGGAUAUCUCUUCGACAAGGAGGCAAUACUUCAGUAUAUUAUUACCAAGAAAAAUGAAUAUAGCCGCAAAUUAAAGGAAUACGAGCGUUUGCGCAAACUAGAAGAAGACGAGCAAUCACAAGAGGCUAACCGCCAGCAAGAAAGCAAAGUGGAACAAUUUGUUAAAUCGGGUAAACCUGUUAAUGGCACAGUGGAGUUGCCGUCCUCCUCCAAGUCAUCCACUUCCAACAAAGUAGAUAAAAGCUCAAUAUCGAAUAUGGCCAACGGACACGAAAAAAAAUUACCAAGUUUUUGGUUACCUGAGAAUUGUCCUAAUGCUGGCAGAGCUAAAGCUAUAAAGCCUGAAUCAACCAUAUAUUGUCCCGUGUCAGAGAAACCAUUAAAGGCUAAAGAUUUGAUAGAUGUUAAAUUCACUUUGCUUAAGGAUGGUGACUCUAGCAAAUCUUUGAUAGCCAAAGAGGCACGAUAUAUGUGUCCUGUCACGCAUGAUGUACUCAGUAAUGCUGUUCCCUGUGCUGUGCUAAGACCAACUGGCGAUGUUGUGACUAUGGAAUGUGUUGAGAAACUUAUAAGAAAGGAUAUGAUACAUCCUUUGACAAACCAAAAAUUGAAAGAGAAGGAUAUCAUUCCUCUGCAAAGGGGUGGUACUGGUUAUGCUUUCACAAAUGAAAACUUAGAAGGCAAAGAAAAACGACCUAUGCUUCAAGUGUAGGCUAAAUGCAAAUACUUCCAUUUAUAAAAAUAAGAAUUAGAAUUAAUAUUAAUAUUAAUAUGAACCAUCACUUUUUCGGAUAUGUAAAGGCACCGGUAAGUUAUAAUAUUGUUAAUGAUAACCAUAAACCAAUAAAGAUAGGGGCAAAAAGUGAUGGAUUGCUAUUGUUAUUAAAGCAACGUCUAAAAUUAAGUGGAUAUCCAUAAUAAUAAUACAUUAAAACCAUGCCCUGGAAAUAUAUAUGAAAUAUCUAAAAUCAAA